UAUUAUAAGAUCAAGCAUAUAUUAGUUUUAAUUUAAGCUUGAUGUUACCGUCGUCGCAAUGAAUAUUGACUUCUCAAACAGACAUUCCUUUGUUACCAACUGGGCUUUCGUCCUGGUUGCUUCAGCCGUUCUCGCCACAUCCACCCACCCUUUGCUUCCUCCCUGCUACCACACACUGCUUGCUAACCUGACCACCCGGCACCAGGGCCUCUUCCCGCUUAUGGUGGCAGCGUACAGUGAACCUAUUAGUUAUACCGAUGAUAGCAGUUCGGAACAGACACGUAAGAAAAGGAAAAUUUUGGUCUGCUAUAUGGAUGUUUGAACUCAAUUUCUUCAAGAUAGAGUUGGUGUUUUUGUAUCUCACUGGGGGAUGGCCACGAGGUUACUGAGCUGGAAUUGCUUGAAAUCUUUCAGUGUUGAUGGUUCUCUCAUCCCUGUUCUGUUGGACCCCUGAUACUUUCUUGUCUUGUCUGAGCAACGAGAACUGCAUGAUGGCCCAGUUGACAUGAAGUGAAGAACGAAUUCCUAUAGAGGAAGUGUUUGAGCAGCUAAAAUGUACACAAGAAGGUUUAUCAUCAGAAGAAGGAGCCAGCCGGCUUCAAAUUUUUGGACCGAACAAACUAGAGGAGAAAAAGGAGAGCAAGAUCCUCAAGUUUUUGGGCUUCAUGUGGAACCCUUUGUCGUGGGUCAUGGAAAUUGCUGCUUUGAUGGCCAUUGCUUUAGCAAAUGGUGAUGGGAGAGCCCCAGACUGGCAGGAUUUUGUUGGCGUUGUUGCCUUAUUAUUUAUCAACUCCACAAUCAGUUUUAUUGAAGAAAACAAUGCCGGCAAUGCAGCAGCUGCCCUUAUGGCUGGCCUUGCUCCAAAGACAAAGGUUCUAAGAGAUGGUCGAUGGAGUGAGCAAGAUGCUGCUAUGCUAGUACCAGGAGAUAUCAUAAGCAUUAAGUUGGGAGACAUAAUUCCAGCAGAUGCACGUCUACUUGAGGGUGAUCCACUGAAGGUUGAUCAGUCUGCUUUGACUGGGGAAUCCCUCGCUGUUACUAAGAACCCCUCAGAUGAAGUAUUCUCGGGUUCAACAUGUAAACAGGGGGAAAUUGAAGCAGUUGUCAUUGCUACUGGUGUUCAUACAUUCUUUGGUAAGGCUGCACAUCUAGUGGAUAGUACCAACAAUGUGGGACACUUCCAAAAAGUUCUCACUGCAAUUGGUAACUUCUGCAUUUGCUCAAUUCUUGUGGGGAUCCUUGUUGAGAUUAUAGUUAUGUACCCGAUCCAGCACCGCAAGUACAGAGACGGAAUUGACAAUUUACUGGUUCUCUUGAUUGGAGGAAUCCCGAUUGCUAUGCCCACGGUCUUAUCUGUUACCAUGGCUAUUGGUUCUCACAGGCUCUCCCAGCAGGGUGCAAUCACCAAGAGAAUGACAGCUAUAGAGGAAAUGGCAGGCAUGGAUGUGCUUUGCAGUGAUAAGACUGGAACACUGACUUUGAACAAGCUAACAGUUGACAGGAGCCUGAUUGAAGUGUUUGCAAAGGGUGUGGACAAAGAGCAUGUGAUUCUGUUAGCAGCAAGGGCUUCACGGACUGAAAAUCAAGAUGCUAUUGAUGCUGCCAUUGUCGGAAUGCUUGCCGACCCAAAGGAGGCAAGAGUUGGUAUUAGAGAAGUUCAUUUUCUUCCAUUCAAUCCCGUGGACAAGAGGACAGCUCUGACCUACAUUGAUGCUGAUGGGAAUUGGCAUCGAGCCAGCAAAGGAGCCCCUGAACAGAUAUUAACCCUUUGCAACUGCAAAGAGGAUGUCAAGAAGAAGGUUCAUGCUGUGAUUGAUAAGUUUGCUGAACGUGGGCUUCGAUCUUUGGCAAUUGCUAGACAGGAAGUACCCGAAAAGACAAAAGAUAGUCCAGGGGCGCCAUGGCAGCUUGUUGGUUUAUUGCCUUUGUUUGAUCCCCCUAGACAUGAUAGUGCAGAAACCAUCAAAAGAGCUCUUAAUCUUGGCGUAAAUGUAAAAAUGAUUACUGGAGAUCAACUUGCCAUUGCCAAGGAAACUGGCCGCAGGCUUGGAAUGGGAACAAACAUGUAUCCAUCUUCUACUCUGCUAGGCCAAGACAAAGAUGCUUCUAUUGCAGCUCUCCCUGUUGAUGAGUUGAUUGAGAAGGCUGAUGGAUUUGCUGGAGUAUUUCCAGAACACAAAUUCGAAAUUGUAAAGAGACUGCAAGAAAAGAAGCACAUCUGCGGAAUGACAGGGGAUGGUGUCAAUGAUGCCCCCGCUUUGAAGAAGGCAGACAUUGGAAUAGCUGUUGCAGAUUGUACCGAUGCUGCUAGAAGUGCUUCUGACAUUGUCCUCACUGAACCUGGGCUGAGUGUUAUAAUAAGUGCAGUGCUAACUAGCAGAGCUAUAUUUCAGAGGAUGAAGAACUAUACAAUUUAUGCAGUUUCAAUUACCAUCCGUAUUGUGUUUGGAUUUAUGCUAAUUGCUCUGAUAUGGAAGUUUGACUUCGCUCCCUUCAUGGUUCUCAUUAUUGCCAUUCUAAAUGAUGGAACAAUCAUGACAAUCUCCAAGGAUCGCGUCAAGCCAUCUCCAGUGCCAGACAGCUGGAAACUGAAGGAGAUUUUUGCAACUGGCGUCGUGCUUGGAGGCUAUUUGGCACUAAUGACAGUAAUAUUCUUCUGGGCAAUGCAUGAAACAGACUUUUUCUCGGACAAAUUUGGUGUGAGGUCAUUGAGAGAGAAACCUCAUGAGAUGAUGGCUGCCUUGUACCUACAAGUGAGCAUAGUGAGUCAGGCUCUUAUAUUUGUUACAAGGUCUCGCAGCUGGUCCUAUGCCGAACUCCCUGGACUACUGUUACUAACGGCUUUUGUAGUCGCACAGCUGAUUGCCACUCUCAUUGCUGUUUACGCUAACUGGGGUUUUGCAAACAUCAAAGGAUGUGGUUGGGGAUGGGCUGGCGUCAUCUGGCUUUACAGUGUGGUUACGUAUGUUCCACUUGACAUUCUCAAAUUUGCAAUCCGGUACAUAUUAAGUGGGAAGGCAUGGGAUAACCUUUUGGAGAACAAGACUGCUUUUACCACUAAAACUAACUACGGGAAGGAAGAGAGAGAAGCCCAGUGGGCUGCUGCACAGAGGACACUCCAUGGCCUCCAACCACCUGAAACCACCAACCUUUUCUCCGAUAAGAGCAGUUACAGGGAGCUUUCUGAAAUUGCAGAGCAAGCCAAGAGACGCGCUGAGGUUGCAAGGCUAAGGGAGUUAAAUACCCUCAAGGGACACGUGGAGUCGGUUGUGAAGCUGAAAGGACUAGACAUUGACACAAUCCAACAGCAUUAUACAGUUUGAGGGCGGGCUUGAAAGAGAGAAUAAAAAGAGGAAGAAAGCCUAUGAUUUGCCAGAAAGAGUCCAUCCUUGCUUUAACCAUGAGAGAGAGAGAGAGAGAGAGAGAGAGAGAGAGAGAGAGAGAUUCCUCCUCUUGCUACAACCAUUCAUUUCCAAACUUGCAUGUGUUGCUUGUUUUAGUCUCACCGGAUAGGAUUAGUUUGCUUUAGUUUUCUUCUCUAAUAGAAGAUAGAAAGCACUAUGUAUGUUGUACACAAGUAAUGUAAGCUGAAAGCUGUGUACUUUCUCAUGCUUUCUGCCAGCCUGCCUGUGCUAUUACUAUGUAAUGACAUUUGACAUGGAAGCAAACAAAUUAAGUUUACUGA